AUUAUCACAUUAAAACAUUUGUCAAUACAAAGUGGUUUUCAUUGUGUUUGCAUGGACUUAAUCAUGAAGUAUGUGAAGAAAUUUACAAGUCACACUUUACUUUUAAUUUGGGAAGCAUUUAGGGCAGUGAAAUAAAAUGUACUUCUAAACUUUGUGAUUUAAUAAAUUAGGUCUAUAGGUUUACAAAACAACAACCAGGAUAACCACGAUGAAGCCUACUGCACUGAAUUUGAUCAUUAAAUGCAGUUUGUUUGAACAACCACUCAAUAGCCUCUACAUAAUACAAGAGGAAGUCUACUUGUAUGUUUUACACUCUGUCCUCCUCCUUUGUUUUUUUGUUUUGUUUUGUUUUUUUGUUUUUUUGGAGAAUAAACAUGUUCAAAUAGCCUAAUAGUUUAGUAGUGCAAACCUGCAUAUUACAUGAAAAUACAAGUUAUUUGAGGAGAUCCUCUUAAAGGGACUCAACACUAUGUAAGAUUCAACUUUAAUCAACUUUCUGGGGUGGCACGUCAUUUCCUUUCAUCCCAUCUAGAAAACUGUAACCAAAGGAAACAUAUUCUCAUGGAGACAAGCAGGAGGAGGAACAGUUCUAGGCCAUUAAUAAUAUAAUAUUUAGUAAACUUGACCUAUCUAGGCUAUGGCUUUUACUGAUUUAUUUUGGAUGGGAUUCCUUCUAUGAGUUUGUUUUUUUUUUUUUUUUCUGAACAAACUGUAACUCGAGUGUUGUAACCAUAAUAAAAACUGUCUCAUGCUCUAUAAUAGCCGAGUUUUGUAACUAUAAGGCUGAGACACACAGUAGCAGCACCGCCUAUAGGAGGCAGAUGACCGGAGAGGAGCGCAUGUUUUUGGGGCGGUUUCGGAAAUCCUCGGAAGCACUCGGGAUGUUUCGUUUCCUCCCAUGGAAGUAUAUCCUCCCUGCCACUUAGCUAGCCGAGUUGACUAGCCUGUUACUUCUAGCGUAUAAGUAGCGUUACGUAGGCCUGUUUAGAUGCUUAUUUUGUAGGGAAACAUGUCGGAUAGCGAGGAUCAGGGCUUCGGUUCAGCCGCGGCCGCUCCGGAGUCCCAGUUUCCCCCGCGGCACAGCUGUCAGACCCCCGCUCUCACCCCGUCCUCCACCACCUCCACGGGCACGGUCACCUCCUCGGGCCCCAGGCUGGUGCGGAUUGUCAAAUCCAACUCGGGCUACGGCUUCAAUGUCCGCGGGCAGGUGAGCGAAGGGGGUCAGCUCCGGAGCAUCAAUGGAGAGCUUUACGCGCCCCUGCAACACGUUUCCGCCGUGCUGCCCGGGGGCGCAGCGGACCGAGCCGGGAUAUCCAAGGGGGACAGGAUCCUGGAGGUAAAUGGGGUGAAUGUUGAAGGAGCAACACAUAAGCAGGUGGUGGAGCUGAUCCGGGCGGGAGAGCGGGAGCUGGUGCUGAGGGUGCUGUCCGUGCCCCCUCAGGAGGCCGACUGUUCGGACCCCGGGGACGAAGGCUCCGCCCACUCCUGCUACGACUACUCCGACAAACAGGCUGUGCCCAUCUCUGUCCCCAGCUACAAGCACACAGAGCUCAACCAGGAGAAGUUUGUGGUGUAUAAUGUGUGCAUGGCUGGCAGACAGCUGUGCUCAAAGCGUUACAGGGAGUUUGUCAUUUUACACCAAAACCUGAAAAGAGAGUUUACGACUUUCACCUUCCCCAAACUGCCCGGGAAAUGGCCCUUUUCCAUGUCCGAGCAGCAGCUGGACGCACGGCGCAGAGGACUAGAAGAAUACUUAGAGAAAGUGUGUUCUGUUCGAGCCAUUGGUGAAAGCGAUAUCAUGCAAGAGUUUCUAUCAGAAUCAGACGAGAACUCCAAUGGCAUCUCAGAUGUUGAGUUGAGAAUAGCCAUGCCUGAUAAAACCACGCUCACUGUCAGAGUCCGGAGGAACGCCACCACCGAUCAGGUGUACCAGGCGGUGGUGAACAAACUUGGCAUGGACAGUAUUAUGGCCAGUUACUUUGCACUGUUUGAGGUCAUCAACCACACCUUCAUGCGUAAACUUGCCCCCAACGAGUUCCCUCAUAAACUAUAUGUACAGAACUACACCUCGGCCAUCCCAGGGACCUGCCUCACUCUAAGGAAGUGGCUCUUCACCACAGAGGAAGAGGUUCUGCUCAGUGACAAUCCUCUCGCCCUCUCCUACUUCUACCACCAGGCAGUGGAAGAUGUGACUAAAGGGUUUAUAAAAGCUGAGCAGAAGUCAUAUCAGCUCCAGAAGCUAGAGGAGCAACAGAAGAUGUCUAUGUACUUGAAUUUGCUGAGAAGCUGUGAAGGCUACAAUGAGAUUAUAUUCCCUCAUUGUCCGUGCGACUCCCGUCGUAAAGGCCACGUCAUCACAGCCAUCAGUAUUCACAACUUCAAACUGCAUGCAUGCACUGAGGAGGGCACUCUAGAGAACCAGGUGAUUUCUUUUGAGUGGGGAGAGAUGCAGAGAUGGGACACAGAUGAGGAGGGCAUGGCUUUCUGCUUUGAGUACGCUCGAGGAGAGAAGAAGCCUCGCUGGGUCAAAAUAUUCACUCCUUAUUUUAACUACAUGCAUGAGUGUUUUGAGAGAGUCUUCUGCGAAUUAAAGUGGAGAAAAGAGGUGGAGGAGGACGCUGUAGACAAGGACAAUAAGAACUACAAUAAAGAUGGUAUGUGUGGAGAGAAUAUUUUCCAGCUCCUGAGACACAGAGGGGGUGGAGGCACUUAGGAGCAGAGAUCGUUACCUCAUAGCAAAACCAACAGCGCACUGCAUUUGGACUUCACAGGGACACUGAGCUCUUAACCAUCUCAUAAACUUGAAUCGAUCAAACACCUAUAGAAGAGAAGCAUCAAACAUCUCAACUCAAGCACCUGAAGUCUAGCUCAUUAUGCAUUUUAAGGGUUUACUCAGAAGGACCGUGUCGUGGCUCAGACGUGUGAAAAAGACGUUUGCACAAUCGUCACGCACUUACAGGUCUGACUCUACAGCCUGAUGAUAACACGCAUGAAGAAAUACUUGACUCUAGGAUUAAAAAAAGGUAUGAUAAAGGACAUUUGCUGAGCUGGAGUUGACCACAGGAUUGUUGUAUCAAUGCAAUUUCUGUUGUCCAUUAUUUUUGUCUCAUGUUUUUUUUUGUGCAAAAUUAUUAAAAAUGACAUUAUUACUUUAAAAA